UCGUGCAUCACGGCCCAGGGCCCGGCGGAACCUGCCGAGUGACACGAUCUGAUAAGCGACCGUUCCUCUAUCAGUGUGUUUGUACUACAUUAGUGAGGUGUUAUCGAUGAGUAGCCGUACGUCGAUACGUCGAUAUCUUGAUACCCGUCCUGAUAAGGUUCCUUAUCCCCUCCCCUAGCCCCCCCUCCCCUCCCGUCGGUCAGUCGUCAGUCGGCCAGGUCGUAAUCCUCGCGGGUAUCUCCUCGGCCGCAGGUCGUUUUCCUUGUUUUGGUCGACGUUCCGUCUAGUGCGGUUCAUGUGUGUCGUGUACCGUGUCCGUGUGUGAGUGCGUGUCAUGUGGUGGUCGCUCCUGGUUUGGUGUUGCGUGGUGGCCGCCAGAGCCGAGCCGGCGCCCGUCACCGUCCUGCAGAUGCGAUUGACCUACAACGAGGUGCACGUGCUGCAGCUGAACGCCACCAUAGAAUAUAUACUGGAGUUGACACAGCCCGAGGGCGAGGCCGGCGUGGGUCCUAUCCCCAGCACGGUGUGGGUGCAGGUGGAGGGAGGGGACGGCUCGCAUCCUGUGCUGGUCACCGCCAGGCAACGAACAGGAGCGGUAACCUGGCAGCUGCCGUUCGAGUCUGAGGGCAGACAGCUGUUCGAGUUGGAGCGCAUGCUCUGUCCAGACGACACGGCCGAUGACCCCGAAACCUCUGCUUGUUCCGAGGGUGUGGAGUCUGCUCCCCGUCAAUUGUUUCUGCAUGUAUCGAGUGCGUGCUCUUCUCCGGUACGUGUGUCGUUGCGAGCGUCUCUGCCCCCGGCCUGGAGACUUCACCUGCAGCGGCCGCUCACCCUCACCGCUACCAUAUCUUCUCCCCGGGUGGUGUUCUACGAGUUCUCGGAAGGUCAGAGCAGCGUGCGCCUCACCCUGUCGUCGGAGGCGGACGUCUGCGCUACCAUCUCCGUCCAACAGUACCAAUGUCCAAUAGCUCAGUCUCUGCCGGAGGUGUCUGUGGUGGGGCUCCGUAUGACCAUGCUGCGAUCGAGCAGUGUGCAGCUCCUGCGCGCAGACUUCCCUCGGGGGUUCUACGUAGUGUCCUUAGUGCGGGAUACGGAUCAGCCGUGCGGGGGUGGAGUCAACGAUGACGGCUCCGACUGGUUAUUCGAGGAGGUGUUCAAGGGGCGAAGAGUCGUGACGCGUGGCGAACAACGGCGCAAAGACCUCACGAUCGCUGUAGAGCCGGCGCUGAGCCGCACGCAGUACCUGGUGGCGUCAGUGUCAACCCUGGGCCUGUUCCUCAGUUUCUACGUGCUUUUCGGUGCGCUCGUGGCCGCUCAGCGCUGGGCUCCCUUCGCCCGCGUGGUGUCUCCUCGCGCCGUGUUGGCUUCUUCCCCGGACACCAGCGUGUUCACUCUUACAGCGGUGGAGAGAGCGGAGGGCCAGUCGGAGGGCGCGGGCCGGGAGCCUCGCCGCCGCCUCUCCGACGCUACAUUCGAUAGCAGCGACGCGAGCGACUCCGACGAGGAAGAGAUCAACGACUCGGUGACGACCAACACCGUCCCGGGAUCCGGCACCGAGCCAAGGUCGGGUCCGGGGCCGGACGUGCGGACCCAGGGGGAACAAGGCGCUAACGCUGGUACAGUCACCGACGGACCUCAGCCGGCUCCGGCCGUCACCGCCGAGGAGCAGGGUCCGUUCGGUCUCCCGGCUAGGCUGCACCUAGCGGCGCUGGCUCGGCGCGGGGGCCGCACGCUCCGGGCCCGCUCGGAUCGCUACCUUUCCAUGCUGUCCACGGUGGCCGUGUUCUACGCGCUGCCCGUCAUACAGUUCAUCGCCGCCUUCCAGAUCAUCUUGAACGUCUCGGGGUCGUUGGACAUCUGCUACUACAACUUCCUUUGCGCUCACCGCGCCGGCGCUCUCUCCGACUUCAACCACGUGUUCUCCAACCUGGGGUACUUGCUGCUUGGGGCGCUGUUCAUGGUGCAGGUGCGCCGCCGUCGACUGAGACGGAAGAGACGCCCCAGACAUCAGGAAUACGGCAUCCCGGCGCACUACGGGCUGCUGUCGGCUUUGGGGGCCGGAAUGAUGGUGGUGGGCGUGCUCUCCGCCUCCUACCACGUGUGUCCCAACGGACUCAAUUUCCAGUUCGACACGGCCUUCAUGUACGUGCUGGCGGUGCUAAUGAUGGUGAAGAUCUACCAGUCCCGACACCCCGACGUGAACGCUCGUGCACACGCCACCUUCGGCGUGCUCGCCGUGCUGAUAGCCCUCGUCGUAUGGGGCGUGCUCGGCGGAGGACCCAUCUUCUACGGUCUGUUCACGGUGAUCCACGUGUUCACGUUCCUGCUGCUGUCUCUCCGUAUCUACUACGUCGGACAGUUCCGCCUCGAGAAGCAGUCGUUGGCGGCGGCCACGUCCGAGCUGCGUCGUCCACGAUACGUCACUCGCCUGGUCCUGCUUCUCAUCGCCAACGCACUCAACUGGCUGCUAGCCAUAUACGGGUUGCUGCAGCACAAACGCGACUUCGCGGGUCACAUGCUGCAGAUUCUCCUCGGCAACGCGCUGGUGCACAUGUGUUGCUACCUUGGCAUGAAGCUGGCUCACGGUGAGCGUCUGCGUUGGUACGCGUGGGUGCUGCUGGCGGGCGCGGCGGCAGCCUGGGUCCCUGCGCUGUACUUCUUUCUGUCUGGAUCCACGGACUGGUCGUCGUCCCCGGCGCUGUCUCGUCACCGCAAUCACGAGUGCUCGGUGCUGCAGUUCUACGACUCGCACGACCUGUGGCAUAUGCUAUCGGCCAUGGCGCUGUACCUCACCUUCAGCGUACUCCUCACGUGGGACGACGGUCUCUCCGCCGUCAAGAGGACGGACAUCCCGGUCUUCUGAUGACCGUCCACACGACCCGACUCGACUUUGACUCUUGGGUGAUCUGUGAUGAAUCGUCUUUAAAUUUCGAUCGAUACGUGGUGAAGUCUUUGAUAAGGACGGCUAUUAAAAAAAUUUACUAUAACAAUAUAGAAGGAGCACUGUUAUUAACCCACACUUUCUUAAAAUCUUGAAUAUCCUUCCAUCUUUUUCGGAAAUUUUUGUUAGCGUUUGUGAUUCCUACAUGGGCAAUAUAGUUAUUAUAGUCUAGAAACCCAAGUGUAAACCUAAAGAGAGAAGAAAAUCAAAGAAAAUGUUACAUACUUUUAAAGCAAUUAAUGAACGACUUCACGGGUAUUAACUACGAAAACCUUUUUUAAUAUUUUUAAUAAAAAUGUAUUUUAAAUA